AUGACAACUUGGCUGUCCCAAACCAACCUGCCAGCUCUAACGCUGUCUUAUAUCCUGAUUGGAGCUUGUGUGUGCCUCGGACUCGAUUAUCAGGAUCUUCCGACUUCCACACCUGGUAUUCUCGUGAAUUCUUCUUUUGUUCCAGACUUGCAGUGGACACAGGUGAUCGAGGGAACAGUUCGCGGGGCGGGCCAGGUGUACGGGUGCCCCGGCUUCGCAUCCUCCUGCUUGAUCCUGGCGGCCAUUCUUCUCUUCUCCCCAACCAUGUUCUUACAAGCGUGUCUCGGAACAAUGGUUGGCAGCCUCUGUGGUGUCUUGAUGCAACCAAACGAUUUACAUCGAGUCUACAGAGGAGACUACGGCCGCCACAGCCUCCUAACGGCGCUCUCACUCGGUGGAUUCUUCUUUGUCCUCAACUUCUACUCGAGUCUCGUGGCUUUAACUGGGGCCGUCUUAUCAGCUUUUAUCUUUCAAGCAAUGUUGAAGAUCAAUAUGCCGGUAUUGACGGUGCCUCACGUAGUUACGACACUGGUACUCCUACACACCCGGAUGCGCGGUGGACUUAUAAAAAGGAUUGAUCUCGUCUACCUCACUUUCCCGGAAAUGCAUCGCAUUCAUCCCACUGAAGUCAAUACCACAUCAUAUGACUCGGACACGGAAUUUCUUACCAUGUCGUUCGAAACCGGUUCCAAUAAUGUAAGUGUAAAGGGCAAAUACAUAUCAGAGUGUAUCAAAGUGAAUACCUACACUGUUAUUAUGUCAUACACUGUGUGCCCUUACUUUCAUGUCAACUAA